AUGUGUGUCUCGGUGCGAACGGUACGACCUGCCCGGGUCUGGGUGAACAGGGAGCGUCUUAACGGCACGGCACUGUUGGAGUUUUACGUUCGGUCUUACAAUCCUAAGUUCCAACCGGGAACACGAUAUUUGUAUUCCAACAUUGCGUACGUCUUUUUGGGGAAGGUCAUUGAGCAGACGACUUUAUCCAACUACAGCGCCUUCAUCAGUGAUGUGAUUCUCAAGCCUCAUAAGAUCGAGGCACAGAUUGGUGAUGUGGAGCCAAUCGAUUCGGAGGUCUCUUACUAUUCGCCGGACAAUGCCAAUCCGUACACAUACUGGAGCCCAGCCAAGCUCGAUGCAGCGGCGGGUUGGGUCAUGCGCGCUGAAGAGGUCGCUCGUUUGUUUGCGUUGUUGGAAUUACAUAAAUACAAGUGGUAUUGGCUUCUGGUGCAGCCGAGCCAAGGAAAACGUAGUUAUGGACGUGGAGUACAACUAGGUGAUGAUGGCUCAUUGUAUCACAUAGGUUCGCUGGCUGGGACUGAAGGUAUUGGUUACACUCGAGGAGAGACACAGGUGGCUAUAUUGACGAAUGCUCGUGGCAGAGAACAAGCGCAACAUACAGGAUGGAUGGAACGGCUCUGCCGCUUGUUUGCUGCGCAUGUCUUCAUACCGUAG